CCCACCCCCCCCGCGUCCGACCCUCCGUCACUCCUUCGGACCCCACAUCGCAGCCAACGGUGUUCUUAGUGUCUUGGCAAAGUCUUAGAAUCAGCCUGGGACAAGGUGGCUCAGUCUGCAUAUUCCAGCUCCUUUGUACCCCCAGACCACCGCCUGGAGGCAGGAGCUGAGCCUCCAGCCCACGACGAAAGAAAAUGCGCGUGAGAGAGGUGUUCAGAGCCACCCAGCUUACUAGAGGCCGAGCCAGCACUAGCGCCCAGGGCUCCCGUCCGCCAGGCGGGGGCUUCCUCCCGUGCGCCUCAGGUCAUCGCUAAAACCCGUCCCUUCCCACCUUCCACCCCUUCAGACCCUCCCACGGAUUUCCUCUCCUCCAGGGGAAGGACUCUGAUAGGCGGUCAUGGAGAGAAAACCCAGAACAUACCUAAGACCAGCCUCGUGUGUGUUCAGGAGAGAGAUAGGUGUGGGGUCCCGUUGAUGCUUCCAGCCACAGUAAAUUUGCUCCUGAACCUUCGUGUUCCUGUUCCCUGGCAGAAUGAGGAAAGGAGGAAGAGGGCUCAGGAGAAGCCAUCAGAUCUUGUCCCAUAUUUGGUGUCUGCUUUUCCCGGCCCGUCAGGGAAGGACCAUGUGCCAGGGGUCACUGUCAUUCAGAGACGUGGCCGUGGGCUUCACCCGAAAGGAAUGGCAGCAGCUGGACCCCACACAGAGGACACUGUACCGGGACGUGAUGCUGGAGAACUACAGCCACCUGGUCUCAGUAGGGUGUCAAGUCACCAAACCAGCUGUGAUCUCCAGGUUGGAGCAAGGGCAAGAACCAUGGAUGGAGGAGGAAGAAAUCCUCAGAUGGAGCUUUCCAGAAGAAAUUUUGCAAGUUGGCCGUCCAGUAGGUAGACAACAGGAACACCAAGACAAACUUCUGAGGCACGUUACAUUCCUAGACAAGCAAGAACCAACCAAGAAAGGGCACCGUGAGGGUGACACAAUUGAAAAGACAGUCUGUCAGGACACAGACCUUGCUCCUUCAAAACAGCAGGUCCAUACAUGUGACUCGUGUGGAAUGAGUCUGCCGUGCAAAGUGGAUGUUAGUCCCAAUGCCUACCUUGCGAGACGGAGAUUUGAGUGUGACGGACAGGGGAACUUGUUUCUCUACUCCAAGCUCGAAACUCCCCCUUCCGGAGUGCGGCCUCGUGAGUGUGACCAGUGCAGGAAAGCCCUCCACCAGGACCAGGCCCUGAGUGCCCACCGGGGAGCUGGCGGCGCCGAGAGAGCCCACAGGUGCCCGCAGUGUGGGAAAGGCUUCUCCUGCGAAUCGGAACUCAGUGCACACCUGGGGGUGCACGGGGGCAAGCAGCCCUCUGCGUACGGGGCACAGGGGCUCAGCUGCAGGGUUAGCCGUGGAGGUCACCCCAGAGAGAAACCCAGGGGAGACGGCCGCGGCAGGACAACGCCAUCUCAGAAGACGAGCCUGUCGGUGCCUGCUGCAGCUCUUGCUGGAGGAAAGCCCUACAAGUGCUCCGAGUGCGAGAAGAUGUUCUCCCACAAGUCCCGCCUCAUCGAGCACCACCGGUCUCACACGGGGGAGAAGCCCUAUGGCUGCAAAGAGUGCGGGAAGUCUUUCUCGCGCAAGUCGUGCCUCAUCAUCCACCACCGCAUCCACACCGGGGAGAAGCCCUACGGCUGCGGCGAGUGUGGGAAGGCCUUCUUCCAGAAGUCGCACCUCAUCCUGCACCAGAGGACUCACACGGGCGAGAAGCCGUACAAGUGCAGCGAGUGUGGGAAAGCCUUCUCGCAGAACUCCUGCCUCAUUAUACACAAGCGAACUCACAUGGGCAAGAAGCCCUACGAGUGCUCCGAGUGUGGGAAGACCUUCUCCCAGAAGGCCAACCUCAUCCGCCACCACAGAAUCCACACCCGGGAGAAGCUGUACGGGUGAAAGAGCUGGGCUUCGGCCCGAGUCAUGGAACGUCCACGAAUGUCACACCUCUGGAUGUUGUGAGUGUGGAAAACCCUUCCGCAGGAAGUCCAGUGCCAUGGGUGUGCAAGGGAUGCAUACCGAGGUGAAAUUCGACCAGUCUGGAGAAUUAGGAGGAGCCUGUCUCUUAAAACCAUGACAGGAGGGUAAUGAUGCUCUAGAGUGAUAUAUUUUUAUAGGCUAUGCCUCAUUAUAAAGUCUAUCUAUCUGCAUUAACUGUGGCUAUGGAGCUUUGAAGUCUGUGAAUAAAUUAAAUCAUUAAGACAACA